AUGCACUUUAACCGUGACGACAUCAACCUUCCUGGAUUCCACAAGUUCUUCUUGGAGUCGGCAGAGGAAGAGAUGAAGCAUGCUCAGAAGGUUAUUUUGACUUACUUUUUUUACUUUUUUGAACUCUUACCGUAAAGUUACCAAAGUAACGACCCCUUUAAAGUAGCAAUCCUUCGAAAGUAGCGAUAAAAUUUCACAGGUGUUAGCAAAUGCCAAAAGUAGCGACCCUUCGAAAGUAGAGACUUCAAAAGUGAUUUCUCUUCUUGCUAGAAAUAACGGAAAUUAUAGUUACAACAAGCUAAACUAAACUGAUCCGAGAUUUACUUUUCAACGGUUAUAAUGAUCUUUGAUAUUCCUUUAUGUAACUCAGAUGGUACAUUACAUCUUUUUUUCAUAAAGUCUUCCUUUCGUCUUUGAAGAAACGAAGAGAAAAGGCAGAGAAAAUGCCUUGUUUCUUUCGCCCCCUUCCCAUCGUUUCUUUGUUUGACGACUUACGUACUUUACAAAAGAAAAAAAAAAUGUAAAUUGUAAUUUGUUUACCCUUGGAGCACUAAGGACUUCAUAAGAACUCGUUGAAACGUGUCCGUGCGUUCCAGAUCGAAUUGGAAUUUGAAAGUGUUGGUUUUUGAGGAGAGAGGAAAACCGGAGUACCCGGAGAAAAACCUCUCGGAGCAAGGGAAAGAACCAACAACAAACUCAACCCACAUAUGGCGUCGACGCCAGGAUUCGAACCCGGGCCACAUUGGUGGAAGGUGAGUGCUCUCACCACUGCGCCACCCUUGCUCCCUCCCUUACAAAACACAAAUUAAAAACAACCCCCAAAAGCAGCGCGCCACGAAGGCUAAGAAGAGAAUGAUGGAAACUAGGCUUAACUGCGAAUUUGGCGGCACGCUCAAAAACAGACUAGAGGGGUAAGGGACGAAUAAGUGGAAAGGCUGGAACAGUAUAAGCGUGUUUUCAACCAUUAAGGCCCUGUCCAAUAAAAUUUCCAUCGUUUGAGCGUUUUAGUAUGGACUGUGAAAACGAAUCGAAUACGCUUCGUAUGGACGCAUAUUUCCGUUUUGAAAAAAAAUCCGGAUACGUGUAGACGGGGUCUAAGUCAAAUUGAUACACUAAUUGAACUUUCUUAUAUUUGCACACAGUUUAUGAAAUAUCAGAACUUGCGUGGAGGACGUGUUAUGUUGCAUCACAUAAUGGUAAGAUAUUUGCUAUUCUUCAGCGCAAAAAAGGAAACAACAACAACAAAGCUUUCUAAAACAUCACCACUAAAAAAAAGUUCCCGUUAUUUACCCUCGGCAGUUUUAUUGCGCUAAUGCUAGUAGGGCCGAGCAAAUUCUUGAAACAAAUAAUUUUAAUCAAACAUAAUGGGGUCAAGAAUCCCAACUGGCCGGAGGCAAAGCAGCUGGCUAUUUACCGAGAACAAAUCCAGCUUGCGGUCAGGGCGGCUGGAUUUGAACUCGAGGCUUCCGAAUUGCAAGUGCAGCGCUCUAACCACUCGGCCACCCUGCCUCUCUAUGGAAAGGCUGGCUAUUAUAUCCAUCGCCGUCAGUCAAAAAGCGAAAGACAUCAAUUUGCUCAGUGCCUUCCAAAAUGAGCGAACGAGCGCGGUUUUCCUCUUAAACUGUCAGCAAAGGAAGUAAUCGCCAGAAUGAUUGAAGGUGAUGUCUUGGAUAGUUAUGUUUGAGUCUGUGGACCAAAUGUUUGUACUGUAACCAUUCAAAUGAAACCUCUUUAAUAAUACUUAAGCAUGGUUCUAUUUGUGUUUCAGCAUUUGGCUAAAUGAAACUUGAAAAUUUUGUUGAAUAUUUUUUACUUAAGCUGCUUUAGAGAGUGUAAGGGGUAAUUGUAGUUUGUUUACUCUCAAAACACUCGGGUCGGGGAACUCAUAAUUUGUUAUCGGGAUUUAAAGGUUUUUAAGGAAACUGACAAACCGAUGUACUCAGAAAAAAGUUUUCAGUGCAACUCCCAAGGGAGAAAAACAACAAACAAAGUAAACGCACACAUGCCGCCAUCUCCGAGAAUCAAUUCUUGGACGCAGUGGAGAGAAAAAAAAAACGCUUCUUUCCUGAGUUUCAAACAUUCGCUUGACUCCUCGAGAAAGCGAUUGUCUGGAGAAAUGGUACGGCCCCAAAAAUUUGUUAGUAGAAUCCUUUGCUGUGUAGCUUCAGUUGACAAUUCAUUUUAUUUUUUUCUGAACAACCGUUUUACGGAAAUUAUUCGACAUUAGAUUCUCAUACAAACACUGUUAUUUCUCACGCGGUUGCCUGCUCGUCAAGAUCGCUUCUAAACCGUGACAAGGUCUAUUCUCCAUCGACACCAGAAGCUCAGCUGUCUUAAAAAUGGUGUUUUUUCUUUUUAACAGAAACCUUGUGAGAAUCACUGGGGAAAUGGUUUAGACGCUAUGACGCACGCCUAUCACCUUGAAUUGGAGGUAUACCAGGCAUUAGUAGACAUCCAUAAGAAGGCAUCGGAUGAUCCUCAGGUAAAGAACUUAGUUUCUCUGAAACCACUCACUCACUCACGGCUCACUAACUAGCCUGUCUGGCAGGCGUUUAAAAGAGAAGGGAAAGAGGAUUGCAAGCGCGCGGAAACGCCAAGGACACGCGAGGGUUCCCCUCCUCCCUUCUCCCUCGGGCGCGGUCUCGCGCCCAAAUGCCCUUUCGAACGCCUGCCAGUCAGUCUACUCACUCACUCACUCAAUUUCUUCAUCCUGUCUGGGAGGCCGCGCAGAUCUGGCAACAUGUUGUUUUUUCUGGGUGGGGUUGUUAGCCUCACGCCCAACCCCUAACAAGGGGGACCAGGUGCUGCUGUUAGUCUGUCCUCCCCCUUGUAACCUAUCCGGCAAGGGUUGUCCUCGCAGUAGUUUAAACCCCCCUGCAGUAUAGUUCACAGCGUCAUUAAUGUACCCAAGCUCCCCCUCCAUGACAAGCUAACAGCAUACAGGUUAGUCUGAAACUACUUAGUCUACCCUGUUCUGAUCUUUGGCCUGUGCUUUACCCCCGUGUUGGACCCCACUCUUCCAGCUCUUUCAUCACUGUUCUCCCCCAGGUGGUUUUUGGCCUCUUUUCCUCUUUCCAGUUGGGGUCCAUUUCAUAAAAAAUUUGAUUCUACCGUCAUUGGGCAUCCUUAGGACAUGACCAAGCCAUCGCAGCCUGCGGUUCUUAAUUAAGUCAGAAACCAAUGCACGUCGUUAAAUGAAGUCAAAAAUCUUAAGCUUUGAGAAGUAGCGAUUUACUAGUUUUUAUCUCUUGGCGACAUCGAAGGAGAAAAAAGCUCUCUUUCCCCCGCCUUUUCUCUUGCGUGACUUUUUUCCCGCCAAAUGGAGAGCCUGCUCGCAGGUUAUUAGCUUAGAGACUGCUCAGUGUGAAAACCACUCCUUCACUAGUCAAGAAGUCGGGCAGACAGAUAAUGACAUAAUGUUUUUUUUUUCCCACAGUUUCAAGACUUUUUGGACUCAGAAUUUCUUGGCGAGCAGGUUGAAAGUAUCAAAGAACUAUCAAACUACAUUAACACCCUCAAACGGUUUUCCGAACAAUACUACCCUCUUGGCGAAUAUCAGUUUGAUAAAGUAACUCUCGGAGGCGAAAGCAAGGAAUAG